CUCACCGGUGUUUAUUCUUUAAUUCCGUCAAAGUUUCUGUGCUCUUUAAUCUUUACUAGAAGAUGGAUUUCUGCUGUGUUUGGUGACCUUGUCCCAACCAGCGUCAUCUUCUCGCCUCUGCAGAGCAGGAGACAAAAGGAGCCGACAUUGGCAUGGCAUCCAACGCGACACCGGCGUCCGUCGCGCACACUGGCACUAGCAAGCAAUCGCAAGUUGGGGAAACGACAAGCCAGCAAGCUUUCGACGAGGUCCAUGAUGCGCAUAUACCAUUAACAGAGGGUUCUAUACCAAGCAAGAUCGCAACUAUCACUGAUAAACCACUUCCAGGGAAUAGCUCAGGGAGUAUCGCGAUUGAGAGUGAUACCCGUGAUGUCGAGAAAGAAGCUGCCGCAAAUUCCGCCGAUGACGUUGAAGAUGCUGAUCCGGAUAUUGUCUGGUGGGACGAGAACGACCCUGAAUAUCCAUUUCACUGGCCACGUUGGCGCACCCUGACCAACUUAGUUCUCAUCAGUUUUAUGACCUUUUUGACUCCGUUGGCUUCUUCUAUUUUUGCGCCUGGCGUACCUCAGCUGAUGCGCGAGUUCCAGAGCGAUAGUCUGGAACUAGCCUCGUUCGUGGUGUCCGUCUAUGUCCUGGGUUUUGCUUCCGGGCCGUUAGUAAUUGCGCCAAUGUCGGAGAUCUACGGACGGGUUAUCGUCUACCACGUCUGCAAUAUUGGCUUCAUUGCCUUCGUGAUCGGCUGUGCGCUUGCUCCGAGUCUCAACUCCCUCAUCGUAUUCCGUUUCUUCAGUGGCGUUUUCGGUGCUUGUCCAAUCACCAACGGUGGCGGAUCAAUUGCCGACAUGGUCCCGCAAGAAAAGAGAGCUGCGGCGAUGGCUGGCUUUGCUGUCGGGCCCUUGCUUGGUCCCAUCAUCGGUCCGGUUGCGGGAGGCUUUUUGGCCGAUGCCAAGGGGUGGAGAUGGAACUUCUGGAUUCUUGUCAUUGUCGCUGGCGCCCUAGCGGUCGUAAUGGUUUUCACCAUGAAAGAGACAUACCACCCAGUUCUGCUUCAACGCAAGGUGGAAAGAUUACGAAAGCAAACCGGGAAUUUAGCUCUGCGUUCCAAAUUGGAUGCCGGUCUAUCACCCGCCGACUAUUUUAAACGCGGCAUCAUUCGCCCGAUAAAGAUGCUUGUUCACUCACCGAUUGUUAUAAUCAUGUCCAUGUUCGUUGCAGUCACGUACGGGUAUCUGUACUUGAUGUUCACAUCUAUGACUGAGGUCUUCCAGCAAUACUACGGCUUCAGUACCAGUUUGGUCGGCUUGGCAUACAUCGGUCUCGGCGUUGGGUCGUUGGUGGGUGUUGGCUUGUUCAGCGGGACAUCUGACAGAUACAUCAAGAAGAAAGCAGCUCAAGAGGAUGCCGUAGCCGAAUCAAUGGGCGGCGUCAAGGAGGGUUUAAAGCCCGAAUAUAGAUUACCCACACUUCCCUACGGCGCUCUAAUGUUGCCCGUCGGACUCUUCAUUUAUGGAUGGACUGCGGAGUAUAAAGUCCACUGGAUUGUUCCCAUCAUUGGAACUGCUAUCGUUGGAGCGGGAAAUAUCGUCAUCUUCAUGGCAAUUCAGAUGUAUCUGAUUGAUGCCUUUACCAUCUACGCCGCCUCAGCUAUCGCCGCAAAUACAGUGGUACGGUCCGUAGCCGGGGCCGUAUUACCCUUAGCUGGAUUAAAGAUGUAUGAGCGCCUAGGUGUCGGCUGGGGUAAUAGCUUGCUUGCUUUCAUCGCGUUGCUAUUAGUCCCUGCAGCUUUCGCCAUCAUCAGGUAUGGUGAACAGAUCAGGAAGAAGUUUGAAAUUAAGAAUCUUUAGGGAGAUGGACCAGUUUUGAAGAUCUUCAUAUCUUUAAUCACCACAUCAUGACUUCAAUCCUCAAUACUCAUCGAUCAUUCGCAUGCUAUGGAGAUGGUGCCCUUCAACAUAUCACAGCCCAUACGAAACUUCCUCUUCCAUGGUGUAGGCCCUGAAUAUAAUAUAGUAUCCAUAUCAAGCAUGACAAAUACAAUAUGCACCAGCAUAUUCCACGGAUUUGCAUGCAAGUGCCUCCUUAUAUUUAUCUCCUAAGAAACUAUCGAGGAACGCAUCAAGAAACAAAAUAAAAAAACAAAUCUCGUC